AUGACGGAUAUAAAAGAAUUAGAAUUAGGGGCUCCCAGACUAACCCGUCCCGCAAUAUGUUUUCCUUGCUCCUACAACCUCUCCCCCGAGGAGAUCUGCACCAAGAUCUCGCUCUGCGACGCCCUCAUCGUCCGCAGCGGGACCAAGGUCAGCCGUGAGGUGUUUGAAUCCUCCGGAGGCAGGUUGAAGGUCGUCGGUAGGGCCGGCGUGGGUAUUGACAAUGUGGAUCUGGCCGCCGCCACCGAGCAUGGCUGUUUGGUCGUGAAUGCGCCGACUGCCAACACUGUCCCCGCCGCGGAGUACGGGAUCGCUCUCUUGGCCGCUAUGGCUAGGAACGUUGCCCAAGCUGACGCCUCCGUUAAAGCCGGUCAGUGA